CGGCACAGUUAUAUAUACCGCGAUGAAGAGAAAACGCGAGGAAAAUGCUCGCGAAUUAUUGAAUAAAUAAAAGUGUUAAAACUAAAAUUGGCUGUUGUGUUAUCGUUUAUUGAUCCGUCACAACAGUUCUGGCGACGAGGAUGGCGAAUCCGGAUCCAUUACCCGAUGCUUUGCUUGCUGCUGCUGUGCUUCCACCACCUAAUUUUUCAAUUGAUGCUUUCGACAAGAAAAAGUUGAAAUGGAUGCGGUGGGUGGAACGACUGGAAACUGCUUUUUCUAUCUUCGGGAUUGCUGACGCUGUGAUGCGGAAAAAUCUACUAUUGCAUCAUAUGGGUCCCGAAACGUACGAUGUCAUUUGCGACAAAAUUGCACCAGAGGUUCCCCGAGACAAAACGUACGAGCAAAUUGUCGUUACCCUGGAAGGAUUUUUCAACCCCCAGCCGUUGGAAAUAAGUGAAAAUUUCCGGUUCAAGUGUCGCCGGCAAGGUGACAAGAAUGUUGCUUCCCCCGAUGAAUCUGUGGACGAAUAUUUAGUGUCCCUCCGCCGAAUUGCUGUUACGUGUAACUUUGGUGAUUAUCUUGACACGGCGCUGCGAAACCAGCUGGUAUUCGGGAUAAAACGAAACGAUAUCCGAAGUCGGCUAUUGGAAAGAAGGAUCCUUACCCUUCAGGAAGCCCGUGACAUUGCUGUUAGUAUGGAGCUGUCGCGGAAAGGCGGAGCUGAGAUCGAGGGAAACUUGGCGAAGCAAGAAGUCUUCGCGCUGCGCCGGAUGAAAGAAAGCAUCAGUGGCAGCGCAUAUAAACACAGGAAAAAAUCCAUAUUAUACUCCGGGAGGACAGUUGAUUCAGGCAGGACGAGCUAG